AUGCACAGCACGAAUCGCCUCUCUGGGGGCGUCCUCCUGGGCUUGCUUCUUGCAGGUUCUCUCCUUCCAUACGCGUUGGCACAGGAGGACGUGAUUGGCUGCGGGGGAUUCGUCCGCCUGUCGGGAGAUUUUGCCAAUGACGAGAAGCCAGACCUCUCGCCGAUCCGAGUGAAACUGUACACGCUGGGAGGCGUGUUCAAGUCCGAGACCGAGUGUGCCCCCAACGGCUACUACUACCUCCCCAUCUACGAGAAGGGCAGGUACAACGUCCGACUCGAAGGGCCCCCGGGCUGGAUGUUCGACUCGGCAGAGCAGGAGGUGAGUACUGAAGACGACGGGCCUUGCAUGCAGGGCAAGGACAUCGACUUCAAAGUGGUGGGGUUCGCCCUUGCUGGACAAGUCCGCACGGAGGGCUCGGAGUCUGGCCCAGCAGGGGUUCACCUGAAGCUGCAGAGCAAGUCGGGGGGGACCUUCUCCACGGAGACGGGAGAAGGGGGAGUUUUCACCUUCAAGGACGCCCCGCACGGGACCUACACGCUGACCGCUCACCAUCAACGAUACAAGUUCCGCCGCAACUCCGUCGAGGUUGUGACCUCCUUCGGUCAGUCGGACGUGAAGGAGACGUUCGAUGUGAUCGGCUACGACGUCAAGGGCGCCGUACGCUGGACGCAGGGAGCAGCCGCGUCGGAGGUUCCGGUGCUCCUGAAGCCGCAGGGUGGCUCGGAGCGACCGCGGGACCUCCUCUGCAAAGUCUCUGACACAGCGAGAGAGCAGGGGGCAUGGUGCUCGGCCGUUUCAGGAAAGGACGGGUCGUACGUCUUCGAGCAUGUUCCCUUGGGCCUCUACCACAUCAGCGUAGACAAGAAAGACUCGCAGUCCUCACGGUUUGAGUUCGACAGGGACAGUGUCUCAGUGGCUGUCGAGCACUCGCCGGUGAUCGUCGAUGAGCCGUUGAGCCUGAAGCAGUUCGUGAUCGGCGGGAAGGUGCUGGAUUUCAAAGGGAACGGCGUCGCCAAGGCUACGGUGUCCAUCAACGGCUCGCCUGUGGCUGAGACGGACCAGUCGGGCUCCUACUCCAUCAAGACUUCUGUUGGCUCGUACUCUAUCACAGUGAGCAAGGAGAACAUGCUCUUCGACGAGCUGAAGGGCUACGAGCUCUCUCCUCAGCUCCGGAGGAUCGGCAGCAUCCAGGCCAGCAAGUACUCCCUGUGCGGCAAGGUCAACAUGGAGCCUGGCUCUCCGGUCCAGGGGCACAAGGUGAGCAUCCGCUCGUCGAAGGGAGGGCGGCAGGAGUCUCUGCUCACCGACAGCAAGGGAGAGUUCUGUGUGAUGCUCGCGCCCGAGGAGUACGUGCUCUCCGUGUUCGCAGGCACUGGCAUUAUCAUGACUCCCUCUGAGAAGAAGGUCGCGCUGGCAGACGGCCCGGUGUUGAACGCGGAGUUCAGGCAGGCAGCACUGCACGUGCAGGGAAGCAUUGAUUGCCUGGAGAGCUCCUGUGGGGACAACAUCAAGAUCACUUUGAUUAAAGAUGGUCAAAACGUCAAGUCGGAGACUCUGAACGGGAAGUCGAAGUUCUCGUUUGCAAACAUCCCCGCCGGGCCUUACACGGUCACGGUCGAGAAGAAGGACUGGUGCUGGAAGUCUCAGUCAAUCAGCGUCAAGGUUGGAACCGAAGACUCUUCGUCCCUCAAGUUCGUUCAGGCUGGCUUCUUGACAAAUGUCGAAGUCCCAAGGUCCCUUCCCGUCAAGCUUGUCCACCAGUCAGGCACCAAGUACGAUUUGAACCUGCAGACGGGGCAGACCACUCUCUGCAUCCCUCGCAGUGGCACCUUCACGAUUGAGAGCGACAAGUGCGUCAGGCUGUCGGAGAAGACCUUCACUGCGCCAUCGGCAAAGGUCCUCAAGUUUGCAGUCGAGGAGGUCUCCACAGACCUGAUGGUGGAGGCCAAGCCCAGGUCGGACAUGCAGAUCUCUUUCGAGCUUCAGGUCCAGCGUUCCAGCGGGAAGAAAGUUGAGACAGUCAAGGCCGAACCCAAAGGAAACGCUUAUGUGGCCACGAUCUGGACGAAGCCUGGACAAGUGGUUGACAUCACUCCCAAGGUUGAGGGAGAGAACCUCAUGUUCGAACCGCGGUCAGAGGUGGUGAAGCCGUCCUUUGAGAACCGAUGCAGCUCCGAGAAGAUCAGGUUCACUACUAAGGUCGGGAGGAUGCUGAAGGGGAAGAUCGAGCCUCCUCUCUCCAAUGUGAUUGUGCGAGUGGUAGAGGAAGUGAGGGGAGGAGGAGCACAAGAGCAUGAGAUCGCACGGGCCGUCACCGGGGAUGACGGGCAGUACUCCAUCGGGCCAGUCUGGGACGAGAAGAAGUACACGGUAAUCGCAACGAAGGAAGGGUACAACUUCAAGCUCGAGUCCAACGGAGUCUUCAGGAGCGUGCGGAUGGGUGAGGUCAAGGUCAAGGUCGUCGACACGCGGGGUUCACAACUGGCAGGGGUUAUGCUGUCUUUGACCGGUGAGAACGAGUACCGCCAGAACAACCGAACUGGCGACGACGGUACCUUCUACUUCGUGGGCCUGCUGCCUGGAAACUACUUCCUCCGUCCCAUGCUUAAGGAGUAUCAGUUCAAACCUGCUUCACAGUCCGUCAAAGUGCAGGAGGGAGAGAAUCCAAUAGUGCAGGUGCAGGGUGAACGGGUAGCCUUCAGCGCUCUGGGGACCGUUCGCCUGCUCGACGGGAUGCACGAGAAGAACGCGGUGGUGAAGGCGGAAGCCAUGGAUGACAGUCAGGGGUACGAGGAGACGGUCAGCGAUGAGGAAGGAAACUUCAGGCUGCGAGGGCUAAGGCCUGGCGUCGAGUACAAGAUCUCGAUCAAGAAUGGAGAGGGGAUGCGUCAUGAGCGAUGCUCGCCCAGCCACGUUGUGAUCAAGAUGGAGAAGAAGGACGUGUCGGGACUCGACUUCAUCGCCUUCCGUCGACCUGCCAAGCUUGACCUCAUGGGCGUCGUGCCAGGAGCGGAAGAUUCGCACUUGAAGCAGAUCGUGAUCGAGCUUGCGCUCGCUUCCAACCCCAACGCCCCCAUCAAGUCUUCUCCUCUCCUGGCGGGGAGAUACUUCGAAUUCGCGUCGCUGGCAAGAGACUCGUAUGUCGUGCGAGCUGUUUCUCAGCUCGACUCGAGAGCGUACAAGGUUUCUUCUCCUCCUGUCACCGUCGACCUGGAUGACUCGACCGGAUUGGUGGAGCUCUCCUUUCGAGCUGACCCUAGGAACAGCGGGGAGGGAGUGAAGGCGACAUCGUUCUACGUCCUUGUGCUGAUCGUGGCUGGGAUCGUGUUGGCUACGAACCGAAAGGAGCUGACAAGCAUGUACAACCGAGGAAGCUCCGCCAAGUGA